AGUGCUUCGGUGGAUUUUCUACCUGAACCACAGACAUGGGAGGGUUCUGUUGCAUGCAUUAGCGAAACCACUGCUUCAGCUGCUAGACAAUUAGGCUUAACAAGUGUAUAUCGCCCAUCUACCCCUGGUCUUCACGGGUUGGCGAGCUAGCGGGAAUAGCUGUGGGGGCAACUGUCAUGCUUAAUAUUCUUAUAGAUGGGCCACUGACAGGAGCAUCAAUGAACUCAGCAAGAACCUUGGGACCAGCAAUAGCUGCAAAUAACUACAAAGGCAUAUGGAUCUACCUUACAGCUCCCAUCCUUGGCGCACUAGCUGGUGCAGGUAUUUACACAGCAGUGAAACUGCCUGAGGAAGAUGAUAGAAGUGGGGAUAUAGAUGAUUCUUUCAUUGCUGACCUGGUGGUUGGUCUUGCCUCUUGUCAAAUCAAAGCAGGCUCUCCUUCUCGUGGAGAGCGCUUAGCCAAGUACAAUCAGGUGUUCCAAACCAAGUUUGCUAAGAUAAGCAUGGUUUUGCGAGAACAUAUGUAUUUAGCUUUCAAGGAGAUGACUGCCUCAUCUGUCGUGGGUCACGCUCCAUAUUACUGCUUGCAGCAGAAGCAGAAAACGGUUGAUGAUUUGUCAAGAAUGUUCAGACUAUUUUCCAAAAAUACCCCAUGGAUUGGAUCCUGUCUCUAUUAUGUUUAAAAAGGUUUGUGAUUUAGAAGCUUUGGAGGAAACGAGACUCAAGCAAAAGUAAACACAUAGAGAGUUGUUGGCACAUAGUAAGCUAGAUAAUGCAAUUGUAUAUAAAUGAGUUC